AUUGCGGCCCGCCGUCGUGGGUCGUGGAGUGCGCCUGUCCGUCUCGAUUCCACCUUGCGCAGCGUGGCAGCCAGCAGCAGUCGAUCGCGAUCGGUGCUGCUAGCGCCGUGUGACUACAACUAGAGUGAGCCAGGUGCACGGACGCGCGGUGAAUUCUCCUCGAAAACACAUCACAUCCGUGAAACAUGGCGCGCCCGCCACCGCCAACAUUAUAUUGCGAGUGCGAUAAGUGAGACAGUGAGACGAUGCGGUUGUGAUAUGCACGAGGACGGAUGACUAGCAGCAGGCAGCAGCAGCGCCCGCAGUUCUAGCGUGUGAUGUGCUGUUAUCGCGAAAAGUGCGAGGACACUACGAUUCGGUGCGACUGGUGCAGAUAACUCUCUUUUUAUGCGGAGGAUUACCACAAGACGCUGAGCUUAACCAUGGCGACUGAUAAAAUUAAGGUUGCCGUGCGGGUUCGGCCCUUCAAUCGACGAGAAAAUGAAUUGGGGACACCCUGCGUUGUCGAAAUGGACAACCUUCAAACCAUACUCCAUCAACACACGCCCACCAUGGAGAAAAUUGACCGAAAACAACCAAAAACGUUCGCGUUUGAUCAUUGUUUCGACUCGAUCGAACCUGGCACGGAUCGUUUCGCAUCGCAGGAGAAAGUCUUCGCAAGUGUGGGCAAGGAUAUUCUUGAUAAUGCUUUCCAAGGAUAUAAUGCCUGCAUAUUUGCCUAUGGCCAAACCGGUUCUGGAAAAUCAUAUACGAUGAUGGGCGCACAGGAUAAUAAAGGGCUCAUUCCACGUUUGUGUGAUGCUUUGUUUGAAAUCAUCGCCAAGCAACAGAGUUCCGAGCUGAGCUACAAGGUGGAGGUGUCCUACAUGGAGAUCUACAACGAGAAGGUGCACGACCUCCUCGACCCGCAGACGAACAAGCAGUCGCUGAAGGUGCGCGAGCACAACGUGCUCGGCCCGUACGUUGAUGGAUUGUCGCAAUUAGCAGUGACGUCGUUUCAAGACAUCGAUAACUUGAUGGCCGAAGGCAACAAAUCGCGAACGGUUGCCGCUACCAAUAUGAACAGCGAAUCGUCGCGGUCCCAUGCUGUUUUUACGGUGAUUCUGACUCAGACCCUCACUGAUAUCAAGAGUGGAGUGAGUGGUGAGAAGCAGAGUCGCAUGUCUUUGGUAGAUUUGGCUGGGUCUGAACGAGCCGUCAAGACUGGCGCUGUUGGGGAUCGAUUAAAGGAAGGAUCCAACAUCAACAAAUCCCUGACUACUUUAGGUCUAGUCAUCUCAAAAUUAGCUGAUCAGGCGACUGGGAGCAAAAACAAAGACAAAUUCGUGCCAUACCGUGACUCGGUGCUCACCUGGCUGCUCAAAGAUAAUCUGGGUGGUAACAGCCGGACUGUUAUGGUGGCGACCAUCUCGCCAGCGGCGGAUAAUUACGAGGAAACACUGUCAACGUUGCGGUAUGCUGAUAGGGCCAAGCGUAUUGUUAAUCAUGCCGUCAUCAAUGAAGAUCCGAAUGCGAGGAUUAUCCGGGAACUGCGCCAAGAGGUCGAAGCUUUGAAGGAAAUGCUAAAACAUGCGACGGGUUCACCCGUCGGUGAGAUACAAAAAAUCGACAUCAAUAAAAAGCUCGUCGAAUCCGAAAAGCUCUACAAGGAGAUGUCGCAGACCUGGGAGGAGAAACUCGUGAAAACCGAGCGUAUUCAGAACGAACGCCAGCAGACACUCGAGAAGAUGGGUAUUAGCAUUCAGGAUUCCGGGAUUAAGGUCGAGAAGAACAAGUUCUACUUGGUCAACUUGAACGCCGACCCUUGUCUCAACGAAUUGCUCGUUUACUAUUUGAAGGAGACGACUGUUGUGGGCGCUAAAACGAAUGGCAGUGGACCCGAGCCGGACAUACAAUUAUCCGGUCUUGGAAUUCAACCAGAACAUUGCAUCAUCAAUAUUAAAGAUGGCUGCCUGUUUCUGGAACCAGUCGAAAAUGCGCGGUCUUAUAUUAACGGCUCGCAGGUCACCACAGUCACUCCGCUCAAAAAUGGCGACCGCAUUGUGUGGGGCAAUCAUCAUUUCUUCCGGGUUAAUUGUCCACGUUCAAUAUCAUCGGCGUCCGAACCACAAACGCCCGCACAAUACAUCGAUUAUAACUUUGCUCGUGAUGAGUUGAUGUUGAAUGAACUCAGCAAUGACCCUAUUCAAGCGGCAAUAUCCCGCUUGGAGCGACAACAUGAAGAGGAUAAAGAGGUUGCGCUGGAGAAACAGCGUCAGGAGUACGAACGGCAGUUGCAACAGUUACGAAGCAUAAUGUCGCCGACUACGCCAUAUCCUCCGUAUGCUUACGAUCCGUUUAAAUUCAAAACUGUCGCUUGCACUCCGACAACGCAAAUGCGAGUUGAUGAAAUGUUCAAGCGCAGUAUUGGUCAGUUGAAGACGGAUAUCCUAAAGGCGAAUGCAUUGGUACAGGAGGCGAACCGGUUGUCAGAGGAAAUGGGCAGGAAUACCAAGUUUAGCGUCACUCUGCAGAUUCCACCAGCUAAUUUGAGUCCGAACAGAAAGAAGGGCGCGUUUGUCAGCGAACCGGCGAUUCUAGUGAAACGCGUGAAAAUGGCCAGCCAGGUGUGGAGUAUGGAUAAACUGGAAAACAAACUCAUCGACAUGCGCGAGACGUACGACGAAAAGGGACUGGAUAACAAGGAACAAAUCGAUUCGAAGAUAGACCCCUUCUACGAAUCCCAAGAGAAUCACAACCUUAUCGGUGUGGCGAACAUCUUCCUCGAAUGUCUUUUCGAGGACGUCGUGCUCGACUACCACACGCCAAUCAUCAGCCAGCAGGGCGAAGUCACCGGCAGGCUGCAGGUUGAACUGACACGCGUUUCUGGCGUGUUGCCCAAAGACCGAAUGUGCGCCGCAGGAUCAGACAGCUCUUCGGAAAGCAGCACAGACGAUGACGACGAUGAUAUUAGUUCACAACAUGUGACAAUCCGUGUGAACGUUAAACAAGCAUCUGGAUUACCUCUAUCCCUGUCACAUUUUGUCUUUUGUCAGUACACCUUUUGGGGACAUCCCGAAUAUACGGUAAUCCCACCGAAAGUGGACAUUCCCGAACACAUUUUGGUUAGUCAAAAAGACUCCUUGAAAUUCAAUCAUGAAAAGGAGUUUACCGUUCACAUCAACGAAGAGUUCUUGGAGCAUUGCUCUGAAGGUGCGUUGUCUAUCGAGGUGUGGGGACAUCGGAGCGCAGGUUUUUCAAGGACUAAACCUGGCUGGGAAGUGGAACAGCAGCAGUUGGCAAAAGCACGAUCGCUGGCCGAUCGUUGGGGUGAGCUAACGAGAAAAAUCGAACUAUGGGCGGAGAUUCAGGAGCUGAACGAUCAAGGAGAAUAUGCUCCUGUUGAAGUUAGCAACAAGGUAGACAUGUUGACUGGAGGUGUCUACCAACUUCGACAAGGUCAACAGAGACGAAUUCAAGUCAGGGUUAGACCUGUCCAAAACUCUGGCACGCUACCGAUUAUCUGCCAGUCUAUUGUAAAGAUUGAAGUCGGCGGAGUAUUGGUGCGGAACAGAUUACAGAAAGCUUUGGAUUCCUAUCAGGAGGAAGACCUGACGGUCCUGAGGGAAAAGUGGAGUGAAGCUUUAAUGAGGCGCAGGCAAUAUUUGGAUCAGCAGAUUAAAAAGUUAAUCGAUAAGUCGGAUAAAACCGAGCAGGAUAUUGAAAGAGAACAGAGUUUAGUAGAUCAGUGGGUGAAUUUAACUGAGGAGCGGAAUGCGGUGCUCGUUCCCAAUCCAGGUUCGGGUAUACCAGGUGCCCCCGCUGUUUGGGAUCCUCCUCAUGGAAUGGAACCUUAUGUUCCUGUACUUUUCCUUGAUUUAAACGCUGAUGAUUUAUCUACUCAUCAAUCCGGCGAUGAAGUAUCAAUCAGCGGCGGAAAUUCAAUCCUGCCCAAGGAGAUUGGCAAUAAAUUCUAUCCCCUUCAUAUUCUGCAACAUUUGGAGAAAGAUGUGUGCGCUGUGGCGUCCUGGGACUCGUCUAUUCACGAUAGUAUUCAUUUGAAUAAGAUUACAGAUCCUAACACUAGAGUGUACUUAAUUCUAAGGACAACUGUAAGGCUUUCUCAUCCUGCUCCGAUGAACUUGGUCCUCCGAAAACGCCUCGCUCUAAACAUUUACAAACGACAAAGUUUGACAGAUCGUAUUAAACGGCGUAUUGUGCGCUCUGAUAUUAUUUGUCAGUCGGGUGUUACCUACGAGGUGGUGUCCAAUAUUCCAAAAGCUAGUGAGGAACUUGAAGAUCGCGAAUCCUUAGCGCAACUUGCUGCGUCUGGUGAGGACUCUUCAUUGGUAGAUGGAGAGACAUAUAUAGAAAAAUACACAAGAGGUGUGUCUGCGGUGGAAAGCAUUCUUGCUCUGGACCGUCUUCGCCAGAGCGUCGCCGUGAAGGAACUCCUUCAAGCGAAUGGUCAACCCUUGAUGAGGAAGACCGCUUCGGUGCCAAACUUCUCUCAGGCUUUGGAGACCAAGAACGGGUUGAUGCGCCUGGAUACGAGCACGGAGUCCUUGAACAUGCUCAACAUGUCGCGCUCGGAGAGCGUCAACGAGCUGAGCGAAUUCUCCUCGAAUCCGCUGCGGUCGCGCUCCAGUUUCUCCAAGGACGACGUCCCAUCAAAACCCUUCGGAUUAGGCUCCAUUUUGUCAGCUCGACCGACUUUCCUCAAUCUCAGCUUGAAUUUGAAUGCGCUGCGAUUGAAUCAACCAACUGGAGUUACAAAAUUCUCGCCUGCCAAUCCUAAAAUGACGUUGAGAAUGACUACGCUUCAUGAAGAGUUACCAAUGCAACGGAAGCACUCGCUAGACUUGAUUGUCGAUGCAGAAACCGAAGAAGAAAAGGAGGAUUACGAGGGAUCAGAUGCCAAAUCGGAUUUUUACAAUAAGACCAAAUCCGCCAAUCAUCGACGAAGAACGAUGCCGACGUCGCGUACUUUGGAUUCUUUGGUAGAGUACGCGCCUAAGACGAGCACCCCGUCGGCGAAUUCAAGCGGCUAUGGGUCCCAGGCCGUCUCUUCGACCAACCUCACUAGCGAGGACUCAAUGUCAUGUCGUAGCAUUAGUGUAGACGACACGCCAGACAUGGAUUUACGGCCUACGACUGCCGAAAGUCGAUUGGAACCCACUGAAGAAGAACUUACUAACACAAUGGAAGAAAACUUGAAAAUCAUAUCCGAAGAAGUUAAGUCGGAUCCAAUGACCGAAAUAAAUGGUUGGUGUGAGAAGACCGAGUCGGAUUCUCCGUCUGAGAGCGGUAUUGUGAAGACAAACAUGUCACCAGGGAAAGUCGUGCGGCGCAAGAAAACGAGUGCUAAGAACGCGCCACAACGCGCUUCCUUCCCCCAGAGUCGUAUAACGUCCACGGAAGUUAAGCCGCAAGGUGAACUAAUCAAUAGGUUGAUGACCCAUGAAGAUGGCACUGAUAGUUCUACUGAUAAACUAGAAGAUGACAGUGAUAAUAAUUUUGGUUCCCGUCCUGAUCUCAAUAAAUUAGCCGACGUACCUGUACCUGACUGGGUCGUACUGGGUGAGAGCGUCCUAAUUCGUCCUUACAACUCGUCCGGCGUCGUCGCCUUCAUUGGCCCGACGGAAUUCUCCAGCGGAACGUGGAUUGGUGUGGAACUUGAUGCACCGAAAGGUAAAAAUGAUGGAACGGUGCAAGGUGUGAGAUACUUCACCUGCCGUCCGAAGCACGGUCUGUUCACCAGAGCUGACAAGCUUAUCCUGGAUCGGCGUGGCCGUGCGAUGCGUCAGUACAAGGCGCAGGACGCACUCAACGCAUCAAAUCAUGCUCGAUGCGGCGGUGCCGCUUCCGCGAAAGGUGAUAUCUUAUCGCGCAUGCCGCGCUCAAGAUCGCGCGGCGAAGGGUUGCUCACGGGCGGCCAUUGUGCACACCGAAAACCGAAAUGCAGUCCUAACUAACACUAGUCCCCUCCAUUGACGAAACCACCCUGAUAACCAUUUGAAUUUAACGUUUUAACAAUUUUACCAUUUUGUGAAGAUGAUGCGAACGGAGUAAUUUAGGUACGAGUAGUUGGAACAAGCGUAGUUGUCGCCGUCCUCGAAACGCGUCAAAAGAACCUCCCGAAUUUACCACAAUAUUCUUGAUGUCCAAAAGCGAAGAUGAAGAACUUUAGGGAUUACAAAAGGGAAACUUCUAGCAACAUACAACUAGUUUACCAUUAGAACUAGUUUACAAGUUCGACUUCUAUUCAUUAAUUAUACAAUCCCACACUGUUUUAUAAUAAUUAUCGUAGUUUAAGAGAUUGAUGAGGGAAUCCAGAAACUGGUUGGGUGUUUUUGUGAACCGAUUGGGCUUACUCUAAUCUUUAAGAACUUUAUGAUAAUUAUGGAUUCGCAAUUCCCAAUUUCCGGGCACUAAACAGCGAUUAUUGAUACAUUCCUAUGCGCAUUUUGACGAUACGUUUAAAUUAGUUGCAUUUUUGAAUAUUUCAUCCCUUAACCAUGGCAUGUUGGACUUUGGCGGAUCGAGGAGAUUUUAUAAAGAAAAUGUAUAUAUGUUCUGUGAUACUCGUUUAGUUUCGGUUACAUUGUACAUGCGUUUGAUGAGUUGUCAAACAUAUUUUAACGUUGGAUGUGAAGGUUUUGAAUUUUUUAAUGCGUUAUUUUUGGUUUGAGCGAAAUACAAGCAAAUUGGGUCAUAUUUUUAUAUACAAAAUAUUAAAGAUACCUAUAACAGAAAAGUGCUGUCUGUUGCUGAUGCGUUGCUACUAAGAUAAUUCAACUCCUUUAAUAUCUUUACGACGAUGUAAUAAAGUAAAAUGUACAAGCAAUAAGUGUAUAGUUUGCUUGAAACUUACGAAUUGUUUUACUGCAUCAGUAAUUGAGCGCACCUGCACUUAUAUAAAUGCAAUCACUGGCGAUGAUUCUGAAGAAACUAAAAACCGAAACCAAAUAGCUCAAUAAUUAACACAGAUUAGUGGCUUUUGACUUGUGAACUAUUGCACAAAACACCAAAAAAUGUUAAAAUUAUUCAACUUCUGCUACCAUAGUAACUUUGCUUCCUUUUUAUUUCUCUGUGUAACGUAGCAUCGGCGAGCUAGUGUCACCGCUUUAGUUGUCUGAAUAACGACUAGAAUAUUAAAGAUAAUCCAAAAUGUUACCUGUGCUAAAUCACCACUAAGCAUAUUAAUAUAAAGAUAAGCUAGGAAAAUUAUUGACGCCGAUACGCACGUUGAUGAUGAUGAAGCAAAUGAAACAAAACAAACGCCAAAACAUUCCCAAAAGUUUCCGUCUACUAAUCAAUAAAUAAUUAAACAAGAAAACGUUAUAUUUAAUACCGAGCGAGGCAUGCUGAUUGCAAAUGAUGACAAUGUUUAAUUGCCAAAAAGUAAGAGAAAAAAAAACAACCAACAAAACCGAGUUUGUAAAUAGUUUGUGUAGUGAUUUCUUCAGGUAUAUAAACUUAAACGCCCGUAAAGUAAUGAAACAAGACAUAUUUUAUUAAUAAGCAAUUUUAAAUUCUAGGAUGAUGUGUAUAAUUUCGUCUGCUAGUCUGUCAGUAAACGAUCGCAAUCGUCCUUGCUCAGAACCGAACGCAGAACCAAAAUCAACCAAUGCUAGCAAAUUAUAAACAAUAUGUAGGAGAUGUAGGUAAUAUGUAUUGGCCCUCUGAAUUUUUGUUUGUAGGAGGCACACAAAAACCAAAUAACGAGAAUUAAUAUGAAACAAGUCAAGCAAAAUGUCCAACAAAUGAUUAAUGAUUUCUGUCCAACUAUUGAAUAACUGAGGAAAGAUUUAAUCAAUUGUAGCGAGUAAGUGAUUGUAUAGUUAGCACACUGAUUAAAAUGAACACACAACAGCCAGAAGCGAUUAUAUAUUGUUAGCCACGUUUAUAAUUAUGUUUUUAUAUCAAUGUAUGUAUGUAACGAUUGUAUGUAUAUGUAAAUGUUAAUUUGAAAUAGUUGAUUUUAUUUAUUUGUAAUCAUGCUUUACAUGAGACGGUGAGACAAAACGGUUUAUGUGAACAUAUUCAGGACAAUUGAACAUUUGGCGAUCCUUAUUGUACAUAUAUGCAAAACUAAAAAGUAAAUAAAGUUAUAAUAAAUUAAUGAAACUAA